GUUUCGGGAGUAUACCACCAGUGGCAGUGAGCUGCUGCGAGAGGACAGGGCAGUGAGUGAUGAAGCAGUCUUACCAUGCGUCCUCUCCAUGUUACCCAAGUGUGUGCUCAACAAGGAAGACCCAAUUCUCGUGGGAGUUUAUGUUGUUGAGGGUUCUGUCAGGGUAGGGACUCCAUUAUGCAUUCCACACAAAGCUUUCAUCAAUAUAGGACGGGUUGCAUGGAUUGACAAGGACCAGCAACCUGUCAAGGUUGCAAGCCAAGGCGACAAGGUGAUUAUCAAGAUUGUUGCAGCAGACCCCAAAACAAAACAGUUGAUGUUGGGAAGAGAUUUUGACGUUGGAGAUGUUCUUGUCAGUCGCAUCCCUAGAAGAUCUAUCUACCAUGUGGCCCAUUCCAUCAUUCCAAGCUAAUGACUGGGUCGAACAAAAAUCUCAUCCUCUGGUUAUGUCAUUUUCUCGGUGCUUUAGUUAGUUAUUUCUUGUUAACGCUUAACAUUAUCUCAUCCUGGAAAUAUUUACAUUCUCCCCCUCUAUUUUGUUCUCUUCUUUCUCCGGUUAGAAAAGAAGUUGAUGAUAUAUAUGAACAACAAGUCUUUGAAACAGA